GCACGUUAGCUAUUAGACGACGAAGUGACAGUGCAGACGGGCCGCGCUCUUGCUGCGCGUUCGGAGUGCUGGAAAUAGCUAUGAACCCGCAACAGCAGCAGCAACAGCAACAGCAGCAAAGAUUACAGCAGCUACAACCGCUGCCAGCGCGUAGGAUCGACAGCUCGUCCUACACAACAGAAACUUCCAGCAGCUUCGAGUCUUCGAGCUACGAAACAACACCCGAAGUGACGGGACCUACGUUUCAGAAUGUCAAGAGAAUUGAUUCAGGAAAGCCACCCGUUGCUACACAAUAUCCGGCCAGCCAACUCUAUACGAAGAGCACAAGGAUGUCAUCGACGAACCCUGUGGUCAGUCGGAAGGCGGCAGGCGUCUUCAGUGGUGCGCUGGUCGUAGCUAUGGUUUUGUGCACGACUGGUGUGUUCGUGUAUAAAAGCCAGCACCAUGAAAAUUCUGCAAUUGCCUCUUCAGAGAUAGGCCAUCCUCCAGGUAAUCAACCAUCAGCAAAUGGCAAGACAAUCGAUAAGGUGAAAACAGAGCACGGCAAGUCAGGACGUGGAAAGGUGGCAAAGGAUAGAAGUAGCCCCGAAAAUAGCGGGGUUUCUUCUGUACCGACAGAGGUUCCCGAACCAAAGGAUCCCUCCGAGACACACGCGACAACACUGGAGGACGAGGAUAAGACCGAAGGGAAGUCAACAAAGGCGGAGGCACGGUCGAAACCCAAGAAAGCAGUUGCCGCAGAAAAGCAGAAAUCCAUCACAGGAAAGCCGAAUGUCAAGAGUGCAAAUGCAGGUGUGCACGCCCCGGCCAGUGUGAAUACCAAAGCCCAGGAAUCUGACGACGAUGACGUGGAAAACGCGAUGGGAUACGGUGAUUUAUCGGACUACAUGGUGGAGGACGUGUGCACGGUCAAUGCAACCAUUGGAAAGUGCGAAAGAGCAGGGGAGACCGUUCCUUACGCCUGCGGUGUUGGCAAGCAAGGAAGCUUCUGUCAACCCUGGCUGCAGGAGAAGUGGUGCCUUGGCGGCGACGGAGGAAGGUUCCAAACAAAGCAGGACUGCGAACAACAGUGCAAUGGUACCAAGAGCUCAUGCGCAGGUGCCGUGGCUUGCACGUGCAGCGGCGAUUUUCGCAACAUCAAUUAUGUAUACAGCGCAAAGAAAGGACUGUGCAUCGACUUGCCACGAGUCGUGUGCGUAAGUGAUGGACGCGGUUUUCUCACGAAGAAUGACUGCGAAAAAGUAUGCAUCAAAGAAAAAAGCAACAGCACCGCAUGUUCCAUGAGGCAUCCACUGCGAGAGGCUCGUCCAUGCUUACAAAGUGACAAGCUCUACAGAGCCUACUUCGACGUGACCUCUCGGAAAUGCGAAGAAUGGAACGAAGCAACUUGUGUACGUCCCAAGUACGUUACCAUGACAACAUGCUUCGACGAAUGCCAACAGAAAAAUGGUUGAAUAAAUCAAAAGGCACGUUGGCAGGAGA